UAUAUCUGACUGGUUUGAGUCACGCGUUGGACGUGUUACCAAAAAAAAAAUAAAUAAAUGAAAAGAUGAUUAAUUCGUGGGUCGAGGACAUGCUAAAAGCCGAGUUAGUCGAUAUCUUGUCUGAGAAGUAGCGUGUUUCUGGUCGCAUCCCACCAGUCGCUACUGUGUAAACUAAAGUAGCAUUCUGAGGAUACAAACAGGAAAUCCGGAAGUGUAAGUAUUUAUUUGGAAGCGAAAUCGCAUGACAGUUCUCAUACACUACCAAGGAAGCCAUGAAAAGCUGUGAAUAUCAGCAAAUAGAUCCUCAUGCACUCUCGACACCAACACCUGGACACACAGCAGAAAAUAGUUCGCGUCCUUGCCAAGAAAAGAAGCCCAGGCGGCUGAAGAGGAAAUGGGAAGUGUUUCCGGGAAAGAAUCGCUUUUACUGUGAUGGUCGGCUCAUGGUGGCACGUCAGAGUGGAGUCCUUCCUCUCACCAUGGGACUCAUCCUCAUCACCAGCGGGUUAUUCUUCGUCUUUGAUUGUCCUUUCCUCGUCCAACAUCUGACUGGCUGCAUCCCAGUGAUCGGAGGAGUCCUUUUUGUGUUUGUAAUGGUCUCUCUUCUUCAGACCAGCUUCUCGGACCCUGGCAUUCUCCCUAGGGCAACACCUGAGGAGGCAGCGGACAUCGAGAAACAGAUUGAUAACCCAAACGGUUGUACCUCAUCCUAUCGCCCCCCUCCUCGCACCAAGGAGGUCGUUAUCAACCAGCAAGUCGUUAAGUUAAAGUACUGCUUCACCUGCAAGAUCUUCCGGCCCCCGCGAACUUCCCACUGUAGCUUAUGUGACAACUGUGUUGAGCGGUUUGACCACCAUUGCCCCUGGGUAGGAAAUUGCGUGGGAAAGCGCAAUUACCGUUUCUUCUACAUGUUCAUCGUCUCGCUGUCCUUUCUCACCGCCUUCAUCUUCGGCUGUGUGACCACACACCUGGCUCUGAGGUCACAAGGAGGAAACGGGUUGGUUUUUGCACUCCAGAAGAGUCCUGCCAGUGCUGUAGAGCUAGUGGUUUGCUUCUUUUCAGUUUGGUCUAUUUUAGGCCUCUCGGGUUUCCAUACGUACCUGGUUGCUGCUAAUCUCACCACAAACGAGGAUAUUAAAGGUUCCUGGUCAGGGAAGAGUGGGGACGAGGAAACCGGAAAUCCUUACAGUUAUAACAACAUUUUUAAAAACUGCUGCUCCGUGCUCUGUGGGCCUAUGUCUCCCAGUUUGAUAGAUAGAAGAGGCUUUGUGCCGUUGGAGGAUGUCGCCUACGCUGGUCCCACAGAGAUCAGGUUGCCUGCUGCAAAAAAUGACAUCAACAUGGUAGGAUGUGUGUCUGUAUGAGGUCAUGCUCCUCUCCCCAUUUCUUCUCCCCUAACCUUCCAGCAAUCUCCCCUUCACAUUCAGAGCUGCUCUCCAGCCUGACUUAUCACAUGCCUGCCCCCAAACCAAGCAUCUCCACCUUCCCUGGAUGAACCAGAGGAGUCAACUUUUUGUUUAGUAUGUUGCCUUUUGGCAUGUGAAACGCUGCUCCUAUUAAAGAUGAAUAUCAAAGGGAUGAGCUUGGAUGCAAGGUUCAUAUUGCUUGUCCUUACCUAAAUUUAGCUGUUGAGCUUGCAUGUACUUCAGGACUCGGGUGCAUUUUUUUUUUUUUAAAUAGAAAGAGGAAGUGAAACCUUUCACUGCUGACAAAGUUAUGUAAAAAUCUGUGAUGCUGAACACAUGAUCCAACUGCUUAUUAUAGGUUGGGUUGCGUUGAUUACUGUAAAGGAAGUACUGUAGGGGUUACUGUUACUGUCUGAGAUUAUGGUAUUGCACAAUGGUGGAAUUUUAUAAAAUGAGCUGUUUUCAAUCAGUACUUUUUAUAUUGGAACAUUUUGUUUACAUCUUCUCAGGGUUUCUUGUGCAUUUUUUUAAUGUGGAGUUUGAGAUUGUUUCACUAGAUGCUGCUGCUUCUUUGGGUCUGUCAAUCACUGUCAAUAUUAACAUUUAGUACAGUGUUAAUGGAUAUAUUGGCCCACAAAAGUCACAUUGUUUACAGUUUAGGAGCAUUAAGUCAACUGUCAUGUAUUUUUACUUUUUUUUUUUUUUCUCCUUUCACAAACUGAUCCUUUUUUAAACCUCUGAACUAGUGCACUAUUGAAGUCCUGCCCUGCCAACGUGUCGAGCUGUCUGCUUGACUGCAUGUAUGGCUUAUAUUCGUUGCUUGCACUUGUUUUUUUUGUUCCUAACACACAGCAGAGUAGCCAUGUGAAUGCUCAUGCUAAUAGGAAUCAAACUUGGCUUCCUUUUUACAAUUUGACAAAGUGCUUAUAAGUGGCUCCACUUAUAAGCACUUUGUCAAAUUGUAAAAAGGAAGCCAAGUCUGAUGCUGAUACUGAUGCUACUGGAAUCCACAUAGAUGCCUUAUGUCAUGUGAUUGUGCUUGAAAGAGAAGAUCUGUUUCUAUUAAGUCAUUUGCAUAUAGAUAAAGUUGAUACCAUGUGAUUUGCUGCAAAACAAAGUAUAUCCAGUGUGUUUUGUAAAAUAUUUUAUACAUCUUUAUUUUUAUCUCAUGGGUCGUGUU